AUGGAACACCCAGCCCUUCUCCCCCGCAUGGCCGGCAUGGACAUGUCAGCCGCCGCCACCAACUCCUCCUGCUCCGUCGGGUCGAUGCUCUGGAACUGGAACACAAUCGACUCGUGCUUCCUCUCGUCCACAUGGCACGUCACCACAAAAGGCAUGUUCGCCGUCUCCUGCAUCGGCGUGGCCCUGCUCGGCGUGGCGCUCGAAUUCCUGCGGCGGGUCUCGAAAGACUACGAAGAAUCGCUGCAGCGGCAAUUCCAGCGGCAUGCGAUUACACAGCUUGACGAUCCGCUUGUCUGCGGCGCACCAGCGAGCGUUGUCACCUACCGGGCGAGUCCACUACAGCAGAUUAUCCGGGCGGUGCUGCAUGUCGCGCAGUUCGGGGUCGCGUAUAUCACCAUGUUGAUUGCGAUGUAUUAUAACGGGUACAUGAUUAUUUCGAUCUUCAUUGGCGCGUUCCUCGGGAAGCUGUUCUUUGAUUGGGGACAGUACAGGGUGGUGCUGGGCCAGACGCAGGGGCCUGUGACGCCCAAGGUGGUCGAGGAGGAGGCGACCAAGUGUUGCGGUUAG